AUGAGCUCCUUGGCUGUGGUUCCCGCAUCAAAUCUGGGAGUACAAAAUUCCAUCGCUGUGGCAUUGCCACCAGCUCCAGCUCCUACCCUGGCCCAAGACUUGAAUGAAAUAAUGCUAAUGGUGAAUUUCAAGCAAAUCGAAAAACUUAUGAACCGCUAUCUACUCAACGAUGCCGAAUUCCAGACAUUUGUACGCAUAAUCAACUCCCGGGAUGCCUACUUGACCUUCAUGCGUUUCCGUACUCAACCUGAAGUAAUAGCAUUUGUCCCCUGGGUGCAGACACAAAUCAGGGCUACAAGGGGAAAAUUCAAAUGGGCUAAAUUCAAAAACGAAAUGUCCCUCUUCAAUGAGUCACCAUUUUGGGCUAAUACCGUCUUCGGUUGGCAAGGAUUUAUCAGCGAAUUUAUGCUCUACCAUCCAACGGAUAUGAUCAGUGCCCAUGUCAACAUGAAAGUGGCUGAAAAUGGUAUUUUCGCACAAUUCUGGCAACGUUUGACUGCCUUGAAGCCAGUCUACGAUCGUGUGGUCGCUUCGCCGGAAGCCCAACGUCUUGCCGCUACUCUUCAACUUAAUGGAAUAGAUGUGAAUCAACUGGACACCUUGGUUCGCAACCAAUUUGGUUGGCAAGUGCCCCUCGUCAAUAGCACUGGGAUAGAGGGUGGCGCAUUAUACUAA